GAUAUUUCAGUACACACGACGCGAUCAAUGUUUUGACACAGUCAUUAGUAGUCGCGUGUGUGUAUAUGUCCAUGCAAUACCCUUAUAGACCAUGCACGAGCUUCAUUAGCUUAACAUUUUCUUAGCUUUGAGAAGCUGCGUUGCCUCACGAUGUCUCUGUCUGUCCAGAAAUGGGUUUGCGUCCUGAUUCUGUGUAUGUUCUCUCAUGACGUUGUUGCAAAAACAGUUAGGCGCAACGUUCUCUUCAUCAUGGCUGACGAUUUGAGACCAACAUUAGGAUGCUACGGGGAUCCUAUUGUAAAGUCCCCAAACAUUGAUCAACUUGCCUCUAAAAGUAACGUCUUUCUCAACGCAUAUGCCCAGCAAGCAGUGUGUGGACCAAGUCGAACCUCCUUGCUAACAAGUCGUAGACCUGACACAACCCGGUUAUAUGACUUUAACUCCUACUGGAGAGUGCAUGCGGGGAACUACACCACUCUCCCUCAGUACUUCAAGUCAAAGGGCUACACCACCAUGUCGGUUGGAAAGGUUUUUCACCCAGGCAUAGCCUCUAAUCACUCGGAUGAUUACCCGUACAGCUGGUCUGUACCUCCUUAUCAUCCUCCCUCUUUCAAGUAUGAAAAUAUGAAGGUUUGCAAGGGCAGUGAUGGCAAACUGCAUGCCAACCUGCUGUGCUCAGUUAAUGUGUCUGAAACCCCUCUUGGGACACUGCCAGACAUGGAGAGCACAGAGGAGGCCAUCAGGCUGCUCAAGUCCACAAGGGAUUCUGGCAAGAAUUUCUUUCUGGCUGUUGGAUUCCACAAACCUCACAUUCCCUUCAGAAUCCCACAGGACUUCUUGACACUCUAUCCCCUGGAUAAGAUGAGCCUGGCUCCAGACCCUGACGUUCCUAAAGGCCUCCCCAGCGUGGCCUACAAUCCCUGGACUGACAUCAGGAAAAGGGAAGAUGUCCAAGCUCUAAACAUCAGCUUCCCAUACGGGCCAAUCCCAAAGGAUUUCCAGCUCCAGAUUCAACAGCACUAUUAUGCGUCUGUGUCAUACAUGGACUCCCAAGUGGGUCGGUUGUUGAAUACUCUGGAUUAUCUUGGCCUGGCUGAAGACACUGUUGUGGUCUUUACAUCUGACCAUGGCUGGUCACUUGGGGAGCAUGGAGAAUGGGCCAAAUACAGCAACUUUGACGUGGCCACUCGCGUUCCACUAAUGUUCUACGUAGCAGGUAUGACUGCAGUCCGUCCUUGGCCAGAGGACGAGACCUUCCCCUACAUGGAUGUGUUUGGCCCAACACCACAUCGCUUCACACAAGGAGGAACAGUGAGCAACGUGAACGAGCUGCUAGACGUCUUCCCCACUGUGUCUGUCCUGGCUGGGCUGAAGCCCCCGCUCCCCUGUCCCGACAACUCCUUCGACGUGGAGCUCUGCACCGAGGGACACGACUUGACCAACACCUUCAACAACGACAACAACAGAAAGAAGUCUGAUGGCAUUGCCUUCAGCCAGUACCCCCGGCCCGCCGACACCCCCCAGGAGAACUCAGACCUGCCCGACCUGAAGGACAUCCGGAUAAUGGGCUAUUCUCUACGCUCCUGGGACUAUCGCUUCACCGUGUGGGCGGGCUUCGACCCAGCUAGCUUCCAUGCUAACCUGUCAGACGUGCACGGUGGGGAGCUGUACCUCCUGGAGGAAGACCCAGGCCAGGACCACAACCUGUACAACAGCUCUGAGUACAGCCUGCUGCUCUGCAAGCUGGGCCUGGGCCAGCAGCAGCCCUGGGCACAGACCCUCAAACAACACCUCCUAUACCUCACUGCAGGGACUAAAUCUAAAGGGAUGGCAUGAUGCUUUGUGUAAUGAACUAUUUAGGAGGGAAGAUCUUUAUUUUUGCUGUGUUCAUAAGGGAUGUUUCCAUUCUAGGCAAGUGCCUAUUACUAGAUUGUUUCAGCUUCUAUUGGCACUUUAGGUAGUUAACCAUUAGCGUAUGGUUAACCUACAAUACAGGGUUUUUAGGUGUAGUCAUUCUCUUAGCAGUUCAGGUUUCUGAAUGUCGAUGGUGAAUUUCAAUGGCAAGAAUUUGACACCAGCUCUAAAUCGAACAUAACCAGUGAACAGGGAUCUAUUGGAGUUAUCAGUAGGCUAGGUUUGAGAUCAGUAGACUUAUUUUUCAAGCAUAAGGUAUGUUUUCCUAAUGUACUGUAACAAACUGUGAUGGUGAAAUGUGUAUAAUAUAGGGAAAGAUCAUUAGGGUCAACAUGGAGGUGUUGGUGAACAUGCUGAACUGUAAAACUAUCCACGUUCAUACUUUGCACACAGAUACUUUUUUGAAACAUGUACAAGUAUGAAUUUCUAAAAUGUAUUCAAUCCAAAUAAUCAUGUCUCUUUUUUGGGGGGGAUAUUCUUGUCAAUGUACAGUAGAAGGAAAAUACUGGGGUGCAUCCUUGGGGAGCACCCAUGUGUUCAGCACCAGCAGACAGGCUUCAUUGCGAGCUGGGCUGGAAAAUUCCAGUCUUGUUUUUUGCAGUCUGAAAGUGAGGUCAGGCCAGUUGGAGAUGGAUCCAUGGGCUGAUUGAAGCUUAUUUUAAUUGCUCGCGCCAAAGGGGAAUUUCAUUUGUGCUCCAACUUUAUCUGUGAUUUUAAUUCUCUUUCAACUCCUGUUUCCAAGUUCUGCUAGAGAAUGUUCCCCAGUUAGGUUUCUUCCCCUGUGAAUGAGGCAGUGUCUUUCAGCUCCCAGACAGUGCUAUCUGGAGAGAAUGUGCAACUCCUCAAACAUAUUGUCCAAAAGUAAUUAUUCUUACUACUCAACUAGUCCUAUAUACAAAUGUGUAAUCUUCACUACUUAUUUCGUAAGAGUGGAUCUACUGAAGAAAUUUAAGGUAGCGCAUACACUAAAAUAGGUUUAUUUGACUUUAAUCUGUCAGGCACUGACACUCAACCUUGAGUUACACCACCAUCCCGAUGUGAAAUGACGGGAGAGCUUCACUCACACAGGAGUGUUAUUACCCUGAAGUAGACAAUGUGACCUAACACUGAUAGACAAUGGGCAUUAACCAUGCAAACCUGUUAAUAUGAUUAAACAAGGAAUCAAUGUGGACGUG